AUGCCAAAAAAACAUACUCCACCCCCGUUACCACAACCCCCUAUAAAAGAGAAGGAAACCCUUGGCUUAUCUCCCGCGGUGCUCGGUAAACGAGAUUUCGUCAAGAAAGAUUAUUGGUGCCCAGUUCCACCGAGCAUUGAUUUUGACCCCUAUUCCGAUCCAUUCAACCCGAAAGCUGUGGAAUACAGACAAGUUGUUAAAGCUGAUGAAAUGAUUAAAGAAAUUAUGCAAUCUACUCCACUCUUGAAAUCUAAAUGCUGCGAUAAGUUUGGGAUGGAUCUAUACUUUAAAAUAGAAACUGGUAGUAAAACUGGAAGUUUCCACGAACGGUCGGCGUUAUACGCUUUGCUUAUGCUGACGCCAGAGGAACGUAGAGGAGGUGUAUAUACGGCAUCCGUAGGAAAUUGGGCUAUGGCUUUAGCCUAUCAAGGGCAGCUGCUUCACGUGCAUGUGACGGUGGUGCUCCCUGCGCAUACGCAGUUGUCCGUCAUCAGUCACUGUCAAGAAUAUGGCGCCACUGUCGUACUCCACGGGAAGACCAUCUUUGAAGCGAGAAAACGAGCCUUCAAACUAAUACACGACCAAGGACAUCAUGGUAUCUAUAUCGACGGCUACGACCACCCUAACGUGAUAGCAGCAGCAGGAUCGAUCGGAGUUGAGAUAUUGGACCAGCUUCCCGAUACCGAAGCAAUUCUUGUUCCCAUCGGCGGUGGAGGUUUAAUAGCAGGCAUUGCCGCGUACGUCAAACAUAUCAAGCCAAAUGUUCUGAUUUAUGGCAUAGAGCCGGGUAAAAGCUGUGGUUUUGCAAAAGCCAUUCAUAACGAGCGCCCAUACAAGAUCGAAGCCGAAAUGGGUCUAGCAGCCUCCCUAACUAUUCCUAAAGUAGGCGAUAAUGCUUUCCACACAGCCAAAUCGCUUAUCGAUAAAAUGGUAUUAAUCCACGAUGACUUUACGGCACGAGCGAUAGUACAUCUAAUAGAGAUGGAGAAAAUUAUAGCGGAAGGUGCUGGGGCCAUCAGCCUGGGAGCUCUCAUGUGCAUGCCUGACAUACUUACGGAGUUGCAAGGGAAAAAGGUAGUGACGAUUGUGACUGGAGGUAACAUAGACCUGUGGCCUUUGAAACGAGCCAUGAUACAAGGGAAGGCUGUUGAGCAUCGGGUCGUACCAUUGAACUUAAUUAUAACUCCUCGCAAUAUAGAUUUACCGAGUAAAGCAUUCAGAGUAUUCGAACAAAUGGAUUGCAACAUGCUGCACUGUGAAUUUAGUGGCAACCACGAUUGGUUCGAGGAGGGUAAAUUAAUGCAGCACAGUCUAACCGUUAUCGUGGAGACCAAAGGCCACAAGCAUGCUUGUUUGUUGAGACAUGUGAUGGAGAAACUCUUUCCUGGCGAGUGCGAAUUUGACAGUGAAGUCUUCAAACCGAUCGUCAUUUGUUCAUGCUUCCCAAAACUUAUUUACUGA